AUCAAGGGAUCUUCAGAAAACUAGCCGUUACUUAGAAACUCUCCCCUCGACGCUCCUCUCUCUCUCUCUCUCCCCCUUUCUUUCUUUCUCUCCCCUUUCUUUCUUCUUCUUCUUCUUCUUCGGCGUCACUCAGCUCUGUCUCUCUCUCUCUCUCUCUCUCUCUCUCUGUCAGUUGCAAAUCAUCUGAAUCCGAAGAGAUGUUCACGGAUGGCUUGGACGAGACUGCAAUCAACUGGGUCAAGCAGGGAUCGGGAGCACAGGAACCCCGAGUUCGAUCCCCUCUUGCGGAGAAAUUGACCGAUGACCCACACCAGUUCCCAAGAUCCCCUCUCGGAUACAGCCCCAGCAGCUUCAUGUCCGCUCGCGUUUUGCCUCCGUUGAGAUUCCGCUCGGGCCUGCUCACGCCUCACAGCCUAGUCGAUGAGGAUGAGUACGGGAAUGACUCUGAGAGCGUGGCCUCGGUACCCGAUGACACGGACAUGGACUGCAGCUACAGUGAAGGAGAAGAAGAGGAAGAUUCUCUCCAGAAGCCGACCGGAUACAACAUGCUCGGUGAUAUGCCUGGGAGGACCUCAAAGUCUGCUGCUGGGACUCUGAACAGAGGACUGGGCAUGGAGAAUCUCAGGGUCGAGGUGCCAAAGGAAAUGCGAAGAUUCACAACAGGGGGCGAUUUCGCGCUCAAGAAAUGUCAAUCGAAUAAGCUACCUUCCGGGCCCGUAAGCGUCCACACGGUCUGGGAUCGAGUCCUUCCACGCAAUAUGGGAGUUACCGGGAGAGAUGAAUUGGACCUAGGGACUCCCAGUGCGCCACCUAUCAUGGAUGUUAGGAAUGACGAGGAUAGCCUUGGAACUGAAAUCGAGCAGGAGAAACAAUGCAGGAGUUCUGAAAGAACCAGCUACGAGCCUUCUGCGUCGAGAAAGUCAGUGAGUUUUGAAGAUGGGGUCAAGUGUUCAACAAUUGAAUCACUGGGAGAUGCCGAGACUGGAGAAAGGAUAAGCAAAAUAGAUAAUGCUGAAAAGGAAGUAGAGGUCCCUCACUGCCAAACCAACUCCCUGGAUCAUUCUCCUUAUUAUACUACCAGCAGUCAAUAUGCUUGGCAAACGCUCAUAGCCUAUGAUGCAUGUAUUCGCUUAUGCCUACAUGCAUGGGCAAGGGGCUGCACAGAAGCACCCGAGUUUCUUCGUGAUGAAUGCCUGAUCCUCCGCAAUGCCUUUGGGCUGCAGAAGUUUUUGUUGCAUCCACGGAAUGUAAAGCCAAGAGAAGGGAAAGCCACUAAGAGUACGGAAUCUUGCCCUCUAAAAACAAAGAAGGUCGUUGGAAAGAUAAGAGUGGAAGUCAGGAGACUUCGAGUAGUUCCAAGGAGGAAGCUGAAAAACACAUUUUCCCAGCGAAGUGCAAUGUAUAUGCAACUUGGAGCAGAGUACAUUAGACAUGUGUCUUCAGCCAUGAAAACUGGCUUAAGUUCCUUGAAAGUAGCCACACCCAUUGUGACACCUCAAGAGCCACUUUUAUGUCUAUUUCAACUAAAGAGUACUGCAGAAGAUCCUCAAGUCGAGACUAGUUCUGCAAUCUGCUUGCACCCUGGAUGUGGUGAUUAUCAUGUAUUUUUCCCAGAGAGUCAGGGGGAUGCACUUCUGGUGGAAGUCCAAGAUAAAAAUAAAUCAAUUCAGGGUCGAGCUACAAUUGCAAUUUCUUCAUUGACUGACAAUCCUAAUGACAAAAUACGGUGGUGGCCAAUAUAUCAUGAUGAUAAUGAAUGUGUAGGGAAGAUUCAACUUUGUAUCACUACUGCAAUUACAUCAGAUGAAAACCAUAACAUAAAGAGUGGACCGGUUGUCGAAACUUUGGCUUAUGAUUUACUGCUGGAUGCUGCCUUGCGGGCACAGCAUUUUCAUUCUCGAAACUUGCGGUUGCAUGGACACUGGAAGUGGUUGUUGGCAGAAUUCGCAAAUUACUAUGAAGUUUCAGAUUCGUAUACUAAGCUAAGAUAUCUUUCGCAAGUGAUGAAUGUGGCAAUUCCAACAAAGGACUGCUUGGAGCUUGUGAACGAGUUACUUAUACCAAUUUUAAAGGCUAAAAGUGAGAAAAGUCUAACAAGACAGGAGAAAUGCAUCCUCUUAGAUUGUGAAACCCAAAUAGAGAGCCUCUUAGCUAGUGUUUUUGAGAACUACAAAUCACUUGAUGAAAGCUCAGCAACAGGGCUGUCAUCAUUGUUAGGACCAAUUCAAGACUAUGCAGCACCAGCUCUAGCUCCUGCUGUUCAAGUGUUUACCAUUCUUCACGACAUACUUGCUCCAGAUGCACAAACUAUGUUGCGAAACUACUUGCAGAGAGCAGCGAAGAAAAGGUGCAGGAAGCAUAUGUUGGAGACAGAUGAAUUCUUAUCGAGCAACUCAGAAAGUUUUCAUGGGGAUCAGAUAACCAUGUCCACUGCAUAUCUAAAGAUGAGGAAUCUUUGCAUCAAUCUAAGCAAUGAAAUUCAAGCAGACAUCGAGAUUCACAAUCAAGACAUACUUCCAAGUUCAAUUGACCUAUCAAACAUCACAGCUACUGUAUACAGCACUGAGCUGUGUGGCAGGCUUCGAGCUUUUCUUGCGGCAUGGCCACCUUCCAGCCCGCUUCCACAUGUAAACGAACUCUUAAAGGCAACUGCAGAUUUUGAGAGAGAUCUUGCCUCCUGGAAUAUCAGCCAAGUGGAGGAUGGGGUUGACUCAAGGAAUCUGUUUGAUUGCUAUAUAUUGGUGUGGGUACAGGAUAUGCAACUUAAUUUGCUGGAUCUCUGCAAAUCAGAAAAGGUGCCUUAUUCUGGAAUGGUGGCAAAUCAUCUGACCUCACCAUUUGCUGAGGAGUUAUAUGAGAAAUUGAAGAGUUCUCUUAUGGAGUAUGAAGUGGUCAUAAAUCAUUGGCCCCAGUACACGCUUAUUUUGGAAAAUGCUGUGGCAGAUGUGGAACGUGCAAUUAUAAAAUCACUGGAGAAGCAAUACAAUGAUAUUUUGGAUCCAUUGAAAGACAGCAUUCCUAAGAGGCUCAAUAUGCAAGUCCAAAAGCUGACGAGAAGACAAUCAGCAGCUGUGUACUCAGUUCCUGGUCAAUUGGGUACCUUCCUAUGCACUAUCAAGAGAAUACUUGAUGUCCUUCACUGUAAAUUGGAGGACAUUUUGAAGUGUUGGGCAUCCUACUUACCUGUAACCGGAGAUAAGAAAUCUCUUUUUGGGGAACAAAUGAAUGGAAUCAAUGUUCUUCUUCGAACGAAGUACAAAACGUACUUGCAAGCCACUGUAGCAAAGCUUGUCGGCAAUCUGCAAGCUAAUCGGCUCACGCGACUUAAGAAGAUACUGGAGGAAACAAAAGAAGAGGAUGGGGAGGCUGAGGUACGUGAAAGGAUGCAACACCUGACAUUGCAGCUGGUUGACUCCAUCUCGAACUUGCAUGAGGUCUUUUCAAGCCAAAUAUUUGUGGCUAUUUGCCGUGGAUUGUGGGACCGGAUGGGUCAGAUUGUUCUCAAGUUCCUUGAAGGUAGAAAAGAAAACCGAGUACGGUAUAAUGGAUCUUACUAUGCUCUCGGGAUAUUGGAUGAUACAUUUGCCUCUCAAAUGCAACGGCUACAAGGAAAUGCACUGCAAGAGAAGGACCUUGAGCCGCCUAGGUCGGUGAUCGAAGCUCGAUCAAUUCUCAGCAGAGACACAGCGAAUGCUAAUGACCCGUCAACCUUCUUCUAUGUUUAGUCUGCCCUUAUUCCAUCUUCUGGGGGGCCAUAUUCUUUGUUCAUACACAUACACACACACACACGCAAUUAUAUUAUGUAUGAUCAUGUUAUAAUCAUAUAUUCGUUUCAUCAUUGCCCAUGUAUAAUUUAGCAGAGGCAUACAGUGUAAAAGGGUCAUCUAUCAUUUGUUCCAGUUCUUGUGAAGCAGCAGCACUAUUAUUGUAUAUCAUUGGUGCCGUGUAAUAAGCUUGUUCAGUUUUUCCCCACCUUUCUUGGAUCAUGCAUGUUUCAAUGUUAGAUGAUUCAAUGUCGCUCAUUCAAGAGCAAGUGGGAAGAUCUGAAACAAGGAUGGGCACCCUUAAGCGGAAACUUCAGUUUCUACAGCUUAUCAAUACCAGAUGGAACUAUUUUUUGUAUAUUUCAUCUAUAUGCCAGUGCUCCGAAAAAGUGCCUGUUGUGUACUAAUCUAAAGGUUCUCGAUUCGAUUGUAA